AUGCCACCGCUCCCACUCUCCCACUUGCUAACCCACUCCAUAGCUACGUCCCCAGCUGUGGUGCGACGUACGACCCGUCUUUUCUCGAGCUCGUUCGCUCUCCGCGACGACGCUUCCGCCACGACCGAGCAGGAGCAGAAGCAGGAGCAGGAGCAGUCGACCACAACUUCAACUCCCACACCCGUCGAGGAAGACUCUUCCCCGUCCUCCUCUUCCGGAGUAGGGGGAGGUGGAGGUGGAGGACGUGGGUUCAGAGCGUGGUUGCGAGGUGAUGGGGCGCAGUACCGUCGUGGGAUCAAAGGCGCUACGAAUUGGAUCGGCGAAACCGUACGUCCCCCCUUCCCAACACCACAUCCUCGUACGAAUUGACCUACAUUUCUUCAAAAAUUUCUCUCUCACUCAAUUUACUUUCCCAACCUCUGCCCCCAACAGCCCUUCCCGCUCAACCCAACUUUCAAACCUUUACCGCCCGUAAGCGAACUCAUCAAAACCAAAGUCUACCACGCCUACCUAGGUAACCUACAAACCAACUCCCCCAACACUACCACCCCUUCGGACCUCGUCGUCGUUCGAGCGAUCUCUUCCAAGUUCGGUCUUUCGAUGGCGCGCGUGAGGGCGAUCAUCAGGUUGAAAGAGUUGGAACAAGAAUGGAAGAAACGCGGUUUACCGCUCCAAACGAAUUUGAGACAAGGGAUGGAAUCUUUUCUCGGCGUCAAAACUCCGACCGAACAAAGUGGUUCGAAUUGGAGGGGGAUCGAACGCGCCGAACAAGGUCAACGAGUUGAACAGAUUCGAACGGAGGGCAAGGCCGGUUGGGAGAUGGUCGACUCUGAGAAUGGCGAGCGGUCCGUCUUUUUACCGCUCUUACAACAUCUUUCUACAACAUCCACUACUACCGUCCAAGGAGAGGACGUUGCAGCAGAGCAGGCACCCAAGAAACCCGUUGCACAAAUCAAGAUCGUUCAACCGACUCGACCGGGACGACCGAGGUUCUCGUUCGAGAACGUCGAGGGUACCGAGAGGGGAAACACGUUCGCGAGAACUUAUAAUCCCAAAAAGACCAAGAGGGGGAAUAGAAAGAGGCUUGUUGGAAGCGAUGAUGUGUAA